AUGGUCGCCAAAUCCCUACUAACCCUGGUUUUACUGAUCCAAUCAGCGACGUCGAUCAAACGAGCGCUUUACAAAGAUGGCGACACAUAUAAUCUACCACCCCAGAGGAAAUGUAAGUGGUUUUCUGAAUAAUUUUUUCUUCAUGGAUAAGGUCUUGGAAUUUUGAUUCACAUGGAGAAUAUCUGGGUUUAAUUGAGCAAGUUUUGAGUCUUAGACAAAGAAUAGACUCUGAUGAAGGUUGUACAUAGAUUUCAUGAGGUUCUGAGUGCGUCUUCUACUCUUUUUGACUUGAUUUAGGUAUCAAUGGGUCUAUUUUUAACAUGGAUAACAUUUUGAUGUCCCACGGCGCGGAAUGUUUAUUUUUCUCAAAUUUUUUGAUGUUUCCAACUGUAUUAAGCUUCGUGCUUGCUAUUUAUGAGACUUCCACGUUGUUUUCAUAGGGAAAUAUUGUUUUAGACAUCAGUUUUUAGUUGAAGGUCAAGCAUAAGGUUGAGAGCAAAAUUUGAGCCGAAAAUUUUGGAUUUUGCUUUGAAAGGUCUGUAAUAUGAAGUAGAUGCCUUAUUUACAUUUAUAAUUGCGGAAACAAGAUAAAAUUGCAUAACUUUUCAUCAGUUUUUCAAGAGAUGCCUCAUGGGUAAUGUAGUGGAUUUUCGCGGAUGUGGACGGAAACCUUGACGAUAUUUUGCGUUUUUUGGAUAGAAAAUGACUUGAUCAAUGGGCUGGAAAAAUUUCACGGCAAUAUCUUGCCUAUUUUUUGAGCUUUUGCCAUUUUUUGUUUUACUUGUAGACAGCUCAUCAUGGGUAAUAUUUUCGCUCUUUUCUCCUCAAAUCUCUCUUUUAUCUUGUAGUCUCUUGAUAUCCAAUGAUAGAACAAGCCAUCCAGAUUCUAAGAAAUGUCUUUUCAACUUGAUAUAACAUGACUAACCACACUAAUUCGACUAACUUUUGCAGGGACAGUAAAUGACCAGGAAGGCAAGUUUAACACACUAAUUGCGGUGGUGUAAACGUCUUGUUUCUGUGUAAUUUGUCCUCCAUAUUGUUGUUUACCUCGUGUAAUUUAUUUUUUCUCCAAAAAUUUGCAUUUUGCCUCAGGCAAUUUACCCUGUUUUCCCUGGAAAUCAAAAUUUUCGCUAAUUUUUUGAUUUUUUUGUUUUUUAGUCUGCCUUGGCACUACGAAUGGCCGAACGGCGGCUGGCGCCCUCCCCAAUGAGACCCGCUACGAAGUGUUGUUGAAGAGUUUCGUCCGCUGCAAGCGGAUUAUCGGCAAUUUGGAGAUCAGCCACAUUAGUCAUAAUGACACAAUUAACGAUGUCGACGUUCGAAUCGACAAUGGAACACAGAUUGUUACGCGCAGAAAGCCCUUUUGGUUCCUUCAUGAUCUUGAAGAGGUAAUAUUUCGUCAUUUUGUUAUGAAAAAUGCGAAAAUUUGAAAAAUUUUUGUAAAAUUCUUGAAAUUUUUUGAAUUUAAAUUCGUUUAUUUUGAAAUUUAUUGAUGCUGAAUUGUUGUUUAAGCUUUUCAUUUACUGUAUAUUCAGUAAAAUACAAUCUGAUUUCAUAAAAAUCGAAAAAAUAUCAAAAUUUCAUCAAAAACCCCCUCUUUUCACCUAAAACAAGGUGAAACUCCUUGAAAAAACGCUCAAAACUCAUGAAAUUUCCUUUCAGAUUACCGGCUACAUCCUCAUCUACAACGUGGAGAUCAAAGAAAUCGCAUUCCCGUCGCUGAAAAUCAUCUGGGGCGACAAAUUGCACGAGGGCCAGGCAAUCCAGCUGGAUUCGAACCCAUUUCUGACGAUUGUCAACCUCCCACAGCUCCGCGAAGUCCAUCACGGCACGAUUCAGAUCCGCCGGUGUCCCCGGCUUUGCUUCAUACGCAAGACGGUCGAUUUUGGAGAGGUGAAUUUUGAGAUUUUUUUGAAAUUUAGGCAUGAAUAAGAUGGAGAUGGAAAAUUUUUGCAAAAAAAUUUCAUUUUUUUUGCAGCUGCUGGGCUCAGGAAGUCAAUUCCGCGUCAGAUUCAUCGAUGAAGUGCCUCCCGUAUGCCCGCCGGUGGUCGAAUGUCACCCAUCUUGCAAUGGAAAUUGCUUCGGCCCAACGGAAAAUCAGUGUCAGACAGGUAAAGAAGUGGGUCAGGAAUGAAAUUCAGAGGAUUUUCGGAAAUUUUGGGUCGUAUUUUAGGCUGGGACUGGAAAUUUGGGCGGGGUAUUGGGUGUUUUAGGAGGUUUGGACCUUAUUUUAGGUAAUUUUUUGAUUUUUUUGGAAAUUUGGAAGGGUUUUAUGAUGCCUUUGGAGGAUUUUAGAGAGUUUUAGAGUGUAUACAAGCUUGUUUGAAGGGUUGAAACUUGAAAUUUGGUUGUUUUUGAAAAUUUUAGACAUUAUUUUAGGUAAUUUUUAGGGUUUUUUUGGAAAUUUGGAAAGGUUUUAUGAUGCUUUUGGAGGAUUUUAUAAAGUUUUAGAUGGUUUAUUAGCUUUUUUGAAGGGUUUGAAUUUGAAAUUUGAUUGUUUUUAUUUUUUUAGACUUUAUUUUAGACGAUUUUUAGUGAUUUCGCCCCAUUUGAAGCUGUUUUUGUUUAUUUGUUGCUAGUGAAGGACUGUAGUUAGUCAAAGAAUUCUUCGAGCGAACGAUUUCACCUAUAAAAAUGAGGUUUUUGAUUAAAAAAUGCUAUCUUUUCAUGGUUUACCCCUAAUUUUAGUCUACCGCCGUCAAUGCUCGGCCUGCUCGUCCGGCCAAUGCUACCAGAAGGCGGGCGUCACCCACUGCUGCGACGAGGCCUGUCUGGGCGGCUGCUUCGGCGACGGGAAGGACCAGUGCGUCGCGUGUCUGGACUACCAGGAAGACGGCCGCUGCGUGACGGAAUGCCGCGGCACCUCGCGCUACAACAGCUCCCUCAUGAUCAUGCAGCCGAUGCCCGACCGCGAGAAGCGCUAUUACUACGAGAAGCACUGCGUCCAGCAAUGUCCAGCCGGCACGUUGAUCGAGGACCGGUAUUGUGUCGCACGGUGCAGCGAGGGAAAGUACAGAGACCCGUCGGGUAAGGAAUGCACGGGGCGGAAGAGGGAGGGGGAAUGAAAUGCACAGUGCAAAUCCUGCGACAAAGGAGUGCACGGUGCGGCCGGAAAAUUGAAGGAAAGGGGAAAUGCACAGUGCAAAUCCUGCGAUAAAGGAGUGCACGGUGCGGAAGGGAAAGAAAACAAAAAGUGCACCGUGCGAAAUCCGCAACAAAGGAAUGCACGGUGCGGCCAUAAAAAAUAAUGAAAGGGGAAUGCACAGUGCGAAAAGGGCGGGAAAGAAUGAGUAGACGCACUGUGCAAAUCCUGCGACAAAGGAAUGCACUGUGCGAAAGGGAAAGAAAACGGAGAGUGCACAGUGCGAAAUGAGAGUAUUUUCUGUUGUCCGCAAAUAAGAUUUCAAUUGUCCGCAAAUAGUUUUUCAAUUGUCCGCAAAUCCAAAUUUUUUUUUGUCCGCAAAUAAUCGGCUUUUCAUUGUCCGCAAAUAAUUUUUUUAAUUGUCCGCAGGUAAAAUUUCGUAAUUAAAACAGCAGUAGUAGGAAAACCUUCUUACAUACAAGGGAUGGAAAAUGGUUUUAAACGAGUGUAGCUUUUUCUCGAUGCAUUUUUGUGGUCACAGUGAAAGGCCACAUACUUUUUUUUAAAAUUUUUUAAUUUGCGGACAUUGAGAAUCCAAAAGGCUUUUCAUUGUCCGCAAAUAAAUUUUUUGGCCAAAUGGCCAUGGUUGGGGUGGAGUUGGGCCAAGAUGAUUCUGGAAUGUGAUCUAAAUAAUUUUUAGAGCAUGUCUGGUAAUUUUUGGGGCCAGUGGUGCCCCUCUAAUUCCAGAAUCAUCUUGGCCCAACUCCACCCAACCAUGGCCAUUUGGCCAAAAAAUUUAUUUGCGGACAAUGAAAAGCCUUUUGGAUUCUCAAUGUCCGCAAAUUAAAAAAUUUUAAAAAAAAGUAUGUGGCCUUUCACUGUGACCACAAAAAUGCAUCGAGAAAAAGCUACACUCGUUUAAAACCAUUUUCCAUCCCUUGUAUGUAAGAAGGUUUUCCUACUACUGCUGUUUUAAUUACGAAAUUUUACCUGCGGACAAUUAAAAAAAUUAUUUGCGGACAAUGAAAAGCCGAUUAUUUGCGGACAAGAAAAAAUUUGGAUUUGCGGACAAUUGAAAAACUAUUUGCGGACAAUUGAAAUCUUAUUUGCGGACAGUGAAAAUGGCGUCGGUGCGAAAUCUACGACAAAAGAAUGCACUGUGCGAAAAGGGCGGGAAAGGAUGAGUAGACGCACUGUGCAAAUCCUGCGACAAAGAAGUGCACAGUGCGGAAGAAAAAGAAACCAAGGAAUGCACCGUGCGAAACCCGCAAUAAGGAAUGCACGGUGCCGCCGGAAAAUUGAAGGAAAGAGGAAAUGCACUGUGCAAAUUUUGCGACAAAGGAGUGCACAGUGCGGAAGAAAAAGAAACCAAGGAAUGUACGGUGCGAAACCUGCAAUAAGGAAUGCACGGUGCGGUCGGAAAAUUGAAAGACAUGCACAGUGCAAAUCCUGCGACGAAGGUGUGCACAGUGCGAAUCUGCAAAAAAGAAGUGCAUGCACUGUGCGGAGGGAAGGGAACUUGGAGUGCACGGUGCGGCAAAAAGAAGUGUUGCACAUCGCAAGAGUAGUUUUUUCGGUGGGAUUGCACUGUGCGUUUUAUUUGAUGAGUGCACUGUGCGAUCACCGAAAAAUAAACGAUUGCACUGUGCCGGGUUUUCAGCAAACAAAAAAAUUGUGCAGCGACAAAUUUGUUGUGGAUCCGAAAAUAAAAUUCGUCGUAUUUCAGGCGAUGAGCGGCACUGUGUGCCCUGCGACGGGCCCUGCCCCAAAGUAUGCGUUCUCACCGAAUCCAUCGACUCCCAUAACAUCCAUCAGCUCGCGAAUUGCUCGGAAAUCGAAGGGAAUUUGGAGAUUCUGAACUACGUCUUCAGUCCCCAUCUCCCCCAUAUGAAGACCAGCCAGAUGGACAAAGUCCGUCCGUCGCUGGUUGAGCCGCUGAAAAUACAGGACCUGAAUGUUUUAAAGUCCGUGAAAAUCGUGACUGGACAUGUUGCCCUGGACGGAGGAGUCAAGCGAGGUCAGUUGGAGGCGGUUUGCAUCAAUUUUGGAGAGUUUCAGGUUUUCGUGGUGGGACCCAAAAUGGGAAAAAUUGAGAAAAUACUGCACGAACUGGGGGAUUUAGAAGGGAUUUAGUUGUAAAAUACGUCAGUAUUCUUUUUUAAAUUGAAUUUUGAUGGUUUUCGAGAGAAUUCAGGUUUUCGUGGUGGGACACAAAAUGGGAAAAAUCGCUGAAAUGGUCGUUUAGAUUUCAUUUCUUGGUAAAAUACGUUUCCUAGAAAACAAUUUGGUUGAUUCUGAGGAAUUUUUGAAGGUGAAGGUUUUCGUGGUGGGACCAGAAUUUGUAAAAAUCGAAAAAAUUGAGGAAAUGGAGAGGUUUGAGAGUCAGUCGUGGUAAAAUAAGGCGCAUACAUGACAACGCUAAUAAUUUUUUUCAUGUUUUGAAGAUUGAAAGUCUUCGUGGCGGGAAUCAAAAUUUAGAAAUUUUUAAAAAUUUCAUAAUUUUUGAGAUACAGUGGCGGACCGGAUCUAGUGACAAAAAACGUACCAUUUUGCAUCCGGGAAGUAUCAAAAAUGUAGCAAAAUGCUUCCCUUUCCAGUGAAAAGACUUCGUUUUGAAGGGCGCGCUUUUGAAAUCUGAGUUUUUUCACUUGGAGAGGGAAGCAUUUUGCCACAAUUUUUGAUGUUUCUCGGAUGCAAAAUGGCACAUUUUUUGCCACUGGAUCCUCACUGUAUUUCACAUCAAAAAUUAUGAAAUUUUCAAAAAUUUCUAAAUUUUGAUUCCCGUCACGAAGACUUUCAAUCUUCAAAACAUGUAAAAAAAAUUGUUUACGUUGUCAUCUAUGCCCUUUAUUUUACGACGACUGACUCUCAAACCUCUCCAUUUCCUAAAUUUUUUCGAUUUUUUUCCGAAUUUUGGUCCCACCACGAAAACCUUCACCUUCAAAAAUUCUUCAGAAUCAACCAAAUUGUUUCCUAGGAAACGUAUUUUACCAAGAAAUCAAAUCUAAACGACCGAUUUCAGCGAUUUUUCCCAUUUUGGGUCCCACCACGAAAACCUGAAUUCUCUCGAAAACCAUCAAAACUCAAUUUAAAAAAGAACACUGAAGAACCAGUCGUAUUUUACCAAUGAAUCCCUUCUCAAUUCCCCAGUUUGUGCAGUAUUUUCUCAACUUUUUUCCAUUAAUCAAAUCUAAACGACCAGCAGCAGCUUGAUUCUCGUUCAUAUUUUAGGGUCAGACGGGCCCAGAUCCCUCGAUUUCCUCGAGAAUUUGGAAGUGAUCGAAGGCCGCACCCUGUAUUUUGAGAAGUAUUCGUUUUAUGUGAUUGGCAACGAUAAUAUGCACGCUUUGGGCCUGAAAUCGCUCCGCAAAAUCGCGAACGGCGGCAUCUCGCUGACGAAGAAUAAGAACCUUUGCUUCGGCCAAACCAUCCCAUACAAGGAACUGUUCGGCGUGAAGGAUGUGGUCAUCAAGGAGAACAUGAAUCAGACAACUUGUGGUGAGUUUGAUGCAUGGAAGGGGAUUUGUUAGCAUUUAGAGCAGCUUGAAGAUAUUUCGGAGCCUUUGAAAACACGAUAAAAUAGUAAUUCAGCCGAAAAUUGGAUUUUUUUACAAUUUAUGGGUCUAAAAUAAGGUAAAUUGGUGUUUGCAGAGAACCUCGGCCGAGUUUGUGACCCCACAUGUCAUCCAGAAUUCGGAUGUUGGGGCCCAGGACCCUCGCAAUGCGUCAAAUGCCUCAAUUUUACCAAAGAUGGAUACUGCUCCGACAAAUGCCCAACUCAUGAUGGGUAAGUUUUCUCUCCUCUUUCGCACUGUGCACACAAAGGUCAAACAACAAAAUGCACUGUGCGGAAAGAAAAAGGAAGAAUGAGGAGCGCACGGUGCAAGAAUUGCGACAAACAUUCACUUUGGGUCGCAAUCGAAGGUUUCCGUUUUUGCACCGUGCAAAACUUUCUCUUGUUUGUCGCAAUUUUUUUGCCGGGCGGCGUGAGGUCUCAAUCGAUGGAAUUUUGCACGGUGCAAGCGAAAAGAUCAAUUUGCACGGUGCGACACGACGAAAACAACGAUUGCACAGUGUAAAAAAAAAACAAAAAGAGAAAAUCGCGGGAAAUGGGGAGAUUGCACAGUGCAUUCCCUAGCGACGUCGCAAACGAACAAUUCGCACCGUGCAAGCUGUCGUUUUCGCGCAAUGCGGCCCUCCCUCCAAGUUUCCCGCCAAUUUUCGAUUCCUCUUUUCUUUUUUGGAGGCGUGAUCAGGUGGCCGAGUGGUUAAGGCGAUGGACUGCUAAUCCAUUGGGGGUUUCCCCGCGUGAGUUCGAAUCUCAUCCUGAUCGAACUUGUUUUUGAGCGCGGAUUUGACCGAUUUUUGGUUGGAAAAGUAUGGAAAAUUGUAAAAUAUUUGUUUAGUAGUUGUUUCAGUGUAGAUUUAGUCUGGUUUUUUUUUGAAAACGGUUGAUUUUUUGUCGAAAUUUUAGAUUUUUUUCGAUUUUUUGACAUUUUCGCCAAUAUUUCCCCCAUUUUUUAGGUAUUUCAUCUCCCGCACCGACCCAUCGGACUGUCGCCCAUGCGCCGACGAAUGCCUCCGCUGCCAAGGCCCCACCGACUCGGAUUGCCUCAAAUGUCGAUGGUUUGAAAUGCCGAAAUUGGUCGGAAAUCAACUGAAAUGCGUCCGCCAAUGCCCCGCCGACACCUUCCAACACCUCAACCGGUGCGUGAAAUGCGCUCCGGCCUGCUAUCAGCACGGCUGCACCGGAAACGGAACCCAUCUCGGCGCCGGCGGAUGCAAUAAAUGCCUUUUCGCCAUCCGAAACACCUCCCAAGUGGAGUGUCUGGAGGGCGAGACGGAGGAAAGUGUGUGCAAGGAGAAUGGAUUCGUCAAUUAUCAUCUGAGUUUGGGCUCCUUGAAGGAGAAGAACACGAAAUUUGUGGGUUUUUGAGAUUUUUUGAUAUUACUUUAGGUGAUUUUGAAAAAUUUUUUAUGAAAUUUUGGGAAUUUUGAAAGUUUUUUAGGUUUUUGGGGGCAUUUACUGCAUUUAAAAAGCAUUUGAAAUGCAUUUUUUGGAAAUUUUCUAAAAAUUUUGCCAAUUUUUGAUAUUAAUUUAGGUGAUUUUGAAAAAUUUUUGAUGAAAUUUUUGGGAUUUUGAAAGUUUUUUAGGUUUUUGGGGGCAUUUACUGAAUUUACAAAGCAUUUGAAAUGCAUUGUUCGGAAAUUUUGUAAAAAUUUUGUCAAUUUUUGAUAUUAAUUUAGGUGAUUUUGAUGAAUUUUGGAAAAAAUUUUGGGGAUUUUCAGAGUUGUUGAGGGUUUUGAAGGCAUUUACUGCAUUUACAAAGCAUUUGAAAUGCAUUGUUCGGAAAUUUUGUAAAAAUUUUGUCAAUUUUUGAUAUUACUUUAGGUGGUUUUUGAUGAAUUUUUGAUGAAAUUUUGGGAAUUUCGAGAGUGUUUUAGGUUUUUGGGGGCAUUUACUGCAUUUACAAAGCAUUUCAAAUGCAUUUUUUGGAAAUUUUCUAAAAAUUUUAUCAAUUUUUUGAUAUUAAUUUAGGUGAUUUUGAAAAAUUUUUCUUGAAAUUUUGGGAAUUUUGAAAGAUUUUUAGGUUUUUGUGGGCAUUUACUGAAUUUACAAAGCAUUUGAAAUGCAUUGUUCGAAAAUUUUGUAAAAAUUUUGUCAAUUUUUGAUAUUAAUUUAGGUGAUUUUGAUGAAUUUUGGAAAAAAUUUUGGGGAUUUUCAGAGUUGUUGAGGGUUUUGAAGGCAUUUACUGCAUUUACAAAGCAUUUGAAAUGCAUUGUUCGGAAAUUUUCUAAAAAUUUUGUCACUUUUUGAUAUUAAUUUAGGUGAUUUUGAAAAAUUUUUGAUGAAAUUAUGGGAAUUUCGAGUGCUCCAAGGGAUUUUCAUGGGUUUUUUGUGAUUUUGAAAGAAUUUGGGAAGCUUUGCCUUAGGGCAUUUUUGAAAUAAGAUCGAUUUUUUAAAAUUUUGGAUAUUGUUUUAGGUAAUUUUGCUCAUUUUUUUGCUUUUUUAAAAUUUUUUUCUUGAGUAUUUUGUGACAAAAUGGUCUGAUUAGCCAUGUAUUUCUAUGAUAUUACAGUGAACAUUUUCAGAUGUGCGAAAAAUGCCCGGAGGAAUGCAGCUCUUGCACUCGGUCCACAAUCGACGCCAACGACUGCGAGUGCUCAAAGUACCGCCUGGUGACCCCGAAAUUCCAAGCAAAUGAGACGAUCGACCUACCAGACGAAUGCACUCUCACUUGUGGACAGUAGGUUUUGGGGUUUGAGAGGCUCGGAUAUUGUUUUAGGGAAAGGAAUGAAUUUAGAAUUUUGGGGGGAUUUGGAUAAAAUUUUGGAGGUUUUCUUGGUGAAAAUGACCUAUAGUAGAUUCUUAUAGAUCGUAAAGGAUAUAGGGUGUAUUUUCGAUAUUGUUUUUAUGCAUUUUAGAGUUAAAAACGGGAUUGUUUGGGAUUUUUUGGGUUUUCCGGGCGAUUUUUGGAUGUCUUUUGAAUUUUUUGCGACUUUAAUAUGUGGAGAUUCUGUUUUGAGUGCCGUAAAAAUUUAUCAUUUAUUUAUACCGUAUUUUACAAUAUUUUUUUUUGUUUUUUUUUCUAAAAAAUCCAGUUUGCCUCAACUUUUUUGUUAUUUUUUUUCUUUUCAGUGGCUCCAGAAUUAUCGUGAAUGCCACCGACAAGAGUCCAGUUCAGGUUUGCGAGCGUUGCAACGAUCUCUGUGACCCCGACUUCAGCUGCACAGGCCCUUCCCAAUUCGAAUGCGAUCAAUGCCGAGUGGGCGGAGUCAGGACUGAAGACGAUGUUACAGUAAGCUGAAAUGAUUUUUUUUAUUUUUUUUUUUGUAUUUUUGGAUAUAAUAUUCCUUUUUUGUAGUAUAGUAGAUCGAGUUAGUGGUGGAGACGUUUUAUACGCUGCAACAUGUUUCAUCGUAUAAAAUGUCCCAAGGCCAUAAAAAACACUAAGACUAAUGAAGAAUACGUGGAAAUGAAUUAAAAAGUGCUAGCUUACUAUUUAUGAGACGUUCCACUACAUUUUAGACAUUUUAUACGAGAAAACAUGUUUUAUGGUAUAAAAUGUCUCGAGACCAUAAAAGAACACUAAAACAAAUAAAGAAUACGUGGGAAUUAAUUUAGAAGGGCCCAAUUACUAUUUUUGAGACGUCCGGUGGCAUUUGAGACAUUUUAUACGAUGAAACAUGUUUUUUUUUUAUAAAAUGCCCCUAGCGAAACUUUUAUGCCCUAAAUUAUUUUUUCCAGGAAUGCCUCCCCAAGUGUCCAGACUACGCCCCAUUCACAUAUCAAGGAAUGUGUGUGACCGAAGACACGGAAGCCAUUUUGGCUCGCCGACGAAACUUUUUAAUUGGCGCUGUGGUCGCCGGGUUCAUCGUUGCCUCGACUGUGAUCCUGAUCCUGGUCUCCAGAUGCAUGAAGUACAGAAAGAAGUAUGAAAAAGAGGCCCUCAUGCACAUGCCCGAGAUCCCCGAACUGGACCGGAAAAAGGUGAAUUUUUGUGUUUUAGAAGGAUUGGUUUGGGAAUUUUUAUAUAUGAAGCGACUUUUUAAACUCUACUUGACAGAUUCUAUGUUUUGAGUUGGAGGAAUUCACGAGUUUUUGGAAAAACGUAGGGCGCGAGCUGCCAAAAGUGGGAAUUGCGGAAUUCGUAUAGAAGUGGAAAUAUAUGGAUUUUUUAAUUGUAAAGAGCUUUUUUGGAUGUGCAUUAUGAUUGAAAAAUAUUAGGCUAAUUGGAUUUGCAAAUUUUUGAAGUAACCAUGGGCGCAAGCUGCGAAAAGAAAAUAAAGAAAAUCGGGUUUUAUGCAAAUUUUGCGAAGAAUUUUUGAACAUGAGCUGAAUAGUAUGAUUCUGUAGAGCCUACUAUGAUUUUUUUGUAAAAAAAUUCGCAAGUUUUUGACUAAAGGUAGGGCGCGAGCUGCCAAGUCUAAAAAUUCAAAAAAAGUCCUAGAAAUGAGCGGAAAAUUGUCAAGGCUUAAUCGAUGAAUAGCAAAUAGCUAUAAUAAAUUAUUUCAGCUCACCCAGCGACCAAAUAUGGGCAGAUUUACGCUGAUCAGCACCGAUGAAUUGGACGAUCCGGGUCGGAAUGUUCUUGGUCAAGGCGCCUUUGGGAUUGUGUAUGCUGUAAGUUUAAAUUGGGAAAGUGGCAGACUUUUUUGUCGAUAACGUAUUUUACAGUAGGGAAAUUAAAUUUAAAAAAAAAAAAUUUUUUUUUGGGAAUUUAUUGGGAUUUUUUAGAUUUUUAGCAAAUUUGAGCGUAUCUUGGGAGGAAUCGAAGCGUCCCGAGGAUAUAAUGAGUAUUUUGUUGAGCUAAAAAUAUCAAAAAUUUUCUGAAUUUGCCAAAUUUUGAACAAAAAUCGGGAAAUGUUAUGUUUCUUUGUCGUGAAAAUAAAAAAUAUUAAAUUUUAAUCCUAUUUUAGGGCAAAUGGAAGCCCGCCGGACACUCCAUGUCCAUUCCGGUCGCCAUCAAAGCCAUCAACCCAUCGGAGACGAAGAAUGUGACCGAAAACGAGAUGCUGAAAGAGGCCGGAGUCAUGGGAAAAGUACGCCACGAACAUCUGCUCCCCCUGGUCGGGGUCUGUCUCGCCAAAGGCGGACUCAAAAUCAUCACAAUUCUCCGACCCUUGGGCAGUCUGUUGAAGUUCCUCCAACAGUACAAACAACGGUUGGCCGCGAAACAACUGGUCCUUUAUCAAUACCAAAUUUCGUCCGCCAUGGAGUAUUUGGCCAAGAAAAAGAUUGUGCACAGGGAUUUGGCGGCCAGAAAUGUCCUAGUCAAGACGAUAAACCAUGUGGAAGUCACUGAUUUUGGGCUAGCACAGCUCUUGCAAAAUAAUGAAAAUACGGUGGUGAUCAAGGAGGGACGCGUGGCUGUAAAGGUACGAAAAUGAUGAGAAAUUUAGUGAAAUGUAAUGCAGAAGGGAGAAGAAGAGAAAAGAGCGGAGGAUUUGAGGAAAAUUGAGAUUUUUUACCUAAAAUAAGGUCAUUUUCACCUUGUUUUAGGUAAAUUGAUGGAAUUUUUGAUGAAAAAAGUCUUUGUGGUUGUUGAGAAAAGUCGAAAAUGAAAGUAUGAUGUGAUUUCGUCAAGAAAAUAGGCAUAAAACAGAAUGCCAAAAAUUCAGGGGAUCGUGUCGUGACUAAAUUUUUUUGUUUUUUGUACCGGGAAGAUGGAUGAAUUGAUAAAACAGACGUCUAGUAAGACGAAUACGUUCAAUUACACAUAUUUUUUAUGUUACUUUACUAAAAAAAAUCAUUUUUUUCCAAAUUUUUCACUUUUUCAGUGGCUCGCCCUAGAAUCCCUCAGAACGCACGUAUUCAACGAGAGGACGGACGUGUGGGCGUUUGGAGUGACUUGCUGGGAGAUCAUGACCUUUGGCGAACCCCCAUACCGAGAACUUCAAGCCAUUCUCCAACCAAUCGCCAAUAAUUACAAUUUCGCCACGGAAUUUGCGAACCUGCUGGAAAAGGGCCACAGAUUGAAACAACCCCUCAAUUGCUCGCAGGAAUUGUAUGAGGAGCUAUUGAAUUGUAUGUUUAGAUAAUUUUUUGACAAUGAAAAGGUGGUUUGUCAAUCUGUCGGGAAAAUAAUGUGGAUUCGUCGGGAGUUUGGAGCCGCCCAUUAUCGCUUUUGUGAUGGCUAACUGGAGAUUUGAUGCAUCACAAAGACGAGUAGAGACAUUUUUUGCGACAUAUCCACAUUAUUUUCCCGACUGAAUGAUGUGAAAUUUGAAAUUUUUGGAAAAAAAUCCGUAUUUUAGGGGAAAUUCGAUGAAAUUUUUAUUUUUGACGACGUAUUUUGGGGCGAUUGAGAGGAAAUACUGUAGUUUUGAGGCGAAUUUUUGAGAUUUUCACUGAUUUUUGGAUUAAAAAAUAAGUGAAAAUCUCAAAAAUUGGCCCUAAAGCUACAGUAUUUCCUCUUAAUCUCCCUAAAAUGCGUUUUCAAAAAUAAAAAUUUCACGAAUUUUCUCCUAAAAUACGGAUUUUUUUGUCUAAAAUUUUCCUAAUUUCUGAUAUCAAAGAUUUUAUCAGUCUGUCGGGAAAAUAAUGAGCACCUUGUUGCAUCGAAAAUUGCAUUGCUGCCGAGAAAAUGAACUUGAUUUUGUCGCGAAACAAUUCAUUUUCUCGGCGGCGAUGCGAUUUUCGAUGCAACAGAGUGCUCAUUAUUUUCCCGACAGACUGAUACCAUGUUAGGUAUCAGAAAUUGGGAAAUUUUUUGACAAAAAAUCCUUAUUUUACGGGAAAAUCCGACGAAAUUUUUAUUUUUGAAGACGUAUUUUAGGGAGAUUAAGAGAAAAUACUGUAGUUCUAGGGCCAAUUUUUGAGAUUUUUACUGAUUUUGGGAUUAAAAAAUCAGUGAAAAUCUCAAAAAUUCGCCUCAAAACUACAGUAUUUCCUCUCAAUCUCUCCAAAAUACGUCGUCAAAAAUUUGAGAAAUUUUUCAAUGUAACAAAAUUUCAUCGCGGAUUUUGUUUCCAGGCUGGCUGAUCGACCCCGAAAGUCGACCGACUUUCCGCGAACUGAAGACCAAAUUCGAGAGUUUCGCCAGAGCCCCCCACCUCUACGUACAGGACCGACAAGCGGUCAGUCAGAUGGAGUCGAUCUCCGAGCAGGAACAGCGAGCAAUGAUCGAGCGAAUGCUCCAGGACAGCGACUUUGAGAACCCCCUCGAACUGGACCCCUCCGAUUACGGCCCAAUCAAACCGAACCGACAUAGUGAGAAUACGGAGGAAACCUUCUUGCCCGACACCCCAACCAGCUCACAUUUUGGGAACAGGAAUCCGGUGAGUUGAGCCACAAAAAAUUCUGGGAAAAUUGUAAAAUGAGAGGGGAUAAUAGUGAAAUUUUCAAUUACAGUUCGGAACGGACCGCUCAAUCAGCGUUGGCUCCCGGUUGCCUCGGGUUUCGGAUGCGAAUUCGAUGGAAGAUGAAUAUCUACAGCCGAAAAAUGCUCUCGAACCCACAGAAAAUGGAACGGUUUACACUCCAGUGAUCGUCAAUUCGAAUCCAGGUAGGUUUUUUAUAAUGUAAAAUACGAUUAUACCAAAAAUUUUUGGAAAAUUUUUUAAGCGAUUUUUUGGAAAAAAAUUAAAUUUUUUUAUGGAAAUAUUGGAUUUUAUAGGAAUUUAUUAUAGUAAAUUGCUGAAUUAUAUCAAAUACCGCCUAAUUUUUUCAGAAUCACCUUCCCACGACUACCUAAAUGAUCCAUAUCAGAAGCUUUUGAAAACCCAACAAAACGAGACGGAGACGGCCUUUUGA